AUGGAUGAAUAUAUCAAGAGUACUUUGGAGGUACCUACAAAUAUUAGGCAUUAUCCAAACUCACCGUUACAGUCCAUAGAAAGACUACAUAAACGACCGAUCACCUCCCCUGAAACAAAUAGCAAUAACUUACCAGUUUCCCCUAUAUCACAGGAACUCAUUAAUGACGCAAAUAUGGAUAGAGAAAGUAUAUAUUCAUUUGAUUCCGUCAGUACAAGUGGUAGAUUAUUGGACAGAUUAGGUCUUGAAGAUGAUGAUGAUAAUUAUGACGAUGAUUCUUAUUCAAUGCUCAACAAAAGGGAGAGCAUGGCUUCGAUACAAACCACAGGUAGAUUAUUGGAUAGAUUAGAAUUGGAUGGAUCCAGAAUGCAACCACAAGUCCAGAAUAAAAUGUUACCUCAACAAAGAAAUGUAUUACCCAUUCAACCUGUCAAUAGUUUGGGUGAUAUAAGAGGAUUGAAAAAUCAACUGAGUCCACAAGCCCUACAACGUCGUCUAACUGAAUUACAAAAAGAAAACCAUCGACAUAAUGUAAAAGAGAAAGUGGGUGAAGAAGAAUUAACUAAAGAUGAAUGUAUUAAAAAUGAAGGGAAACCAAACUUAGUUGCAUCGGUUCAAAAGCCCAUUCAAACAACAAUGAAUAACAUCCAACCACCUCAGAAGCCACAACUGGCCCCUGCACAUUUAAAACAUGUCCCCAUGAAUCUUGUGUUUAAAAAUACAAACAACUCGGCGGAAACUAUUAAAUCAGAUGCGGCUUCAUUGAAGAAAGUUGACACUCAAAAAUCACAGACUCCAGAAGGGAAUGGUCCAUCAAGUCUUUCAAAUUCACCUAUGUUAUCUCCAAAUAAUUCUAGUUUCCCAAGUGCUACCAAUUCUCCAGCAAUAAGUGCUGCAUCGUCUACAACUUCGUUAAGAACAUUACAAAAUCAAUAUCAAUCUGAACCAAAUGUGCCAACAUUAUCAUCGUUGGAAAUGAAAACAAGAGCAAAUCGAUCCAAUUCAGUUAGACCUAUUUCACAACGAGUACAAUAUGUCACACGAACACCGUCGGCACCAGCUAUACGAAAAAGAAGUGACGAAAGUACAGAAAGACUCGGUAUGAGAGUUAGAUCAGAUAGUACAAAUUCUAAUUUUCUGACAAAUAGCAUAGAAUCAGCUAGUUCACAAGGAGCAUUAACACCACCACCAUCGUCAUCAGCACAGCAACAACAACAACUUUUAGAUUUAUCUAAUCCAGAGCAGAGAACAAAUUAUGCAUUACAUUUACGCAGUAUUGGGAACCAUCGAGAAGCAUCGUAUCAAUUACAGAUUGCAGCAAAUAUUCCUUUUAAUUAUCCUAAGGCAAUGUUUUUAUAUGCUAUGGCAUUGAAAUAUGGUCAAGGUGUUAAACAAAACGAUCGUCAUGCUAUCAAAUGGCUAACUAAAUGUAUUUUAUUGAGUUCACUGAGUAUCAAUUCUAGUAAUAUUUCAAUCGUGAUUGAUAAAUUAAAUGGGUUACCACUUGAAGAUGUGGUUAGAUUGAUUAUGAAAAAUUUACGAAAUACAGUUGAUAAAGAUGUACACAAGAAUGGACAAGAUCCAUUAAGUUUAUAUCCAAUUUUCCUGAAAUUAACUAAAAAUCAAAUUUCAAAAGUUGUUAGUGUCUCCAGAAGUAAAGGGGAUGUAGUAGCUUGUAGUUAUUUUGAACUUGGUAUAUUAUUAUUCAAUGGAUCAGGGUCAAUAGAGGAUGGAAUUUGUUGUUUAGAAAAAGCAGGAUCUAUGGGGUAUAUUGAUGCUAUGGUUAAACUUGGUGAAAUAUGGAGUCAAAAAUCCAAAUCUCAUAAAAAAGAUUUAAAUAAAGCUGCAGCUUGGUUAAGAUUAGCAGAAUUAUUAGGUGUUAAAGACAUUGGUAACUCAUGGAUUUAUAAAGAUAAAUACAACAAGUAG